AUGGAUGAACUGAACGCGUGUACAGAAUGCGGAUUCACAACAACUGUUUUCUCCGAAUUUCAAGGACAUAUCGAAAAGCACGAAAUCGAACACAGUCGAUCAUCCAGCGGCGAAAUGUCUAACUCGCAGACCAUUGAAUGGGCGGAAGGUAGUCAGUCAGCAACGCCAUCACCUAGAUCCACUCCCCCAACAGAUCCAACUCCGAGUCCCAGCGAACACACACCGACCACUUUGGACGAUAAUAUUGCUGCCAUCGAUAUCGCUCUAGUCAAUAAAAAAGAGAAGCAGCCGAAGGCUGUCCAUGUGUGCCCACACUGCAACUUCACCACCUGCAUGUCGCAACAUAUGAAAAGUCAUUUGGAAGCGCAUGAGAGACACCAAGGCCAAAUGUAUCAAUGCGACAUUUGUAAGAUGCAGUUCAGCCAAAAGGCUAACAUGCAUCGACAUCGUAUGCGGCACAGUGGAGUCAAACCGUAUGAAUGUCGAUUUUGCCAGAAGCGAUUUUUCAGGAAAGAUCAGAUGCAAGAACACUCCAUGACUCAUAUCAAAACGGGAUUCGGAUUUGACUGCCCUGUUGCAUUGUGCAACCAGACAUUCAGUCAGCAUAAUUCGUUGAGAGCUCAUCUUGAGGAAAAACACACUAUUUCUACUACUAACCCAGCAGCUUGUAAACGUUGCACUUUAUUGUUCGCGAAUUCUCGCAGGCUUCUUCUUCAUUAUCAGACGAGACAUGAUGAUGAGAGUGGCAAUCACUCGCCCCCAAAGAACGUCACACCGAAAAAAAGAAAGAUCUCAAACAAUUCAAGCGCUGUGAUGCCGUUCGACGCUUCUCAGCUUAAUUUAGAACAGCUGCAGAAGAUGGUGAGCGCUGAACAGAGUCCACCAAAUACGGACACUUCCGAUCAUUCUGCUAGUCCUGAAUAUGAAUUGCAGCAGCCACAACCGUUUGGCAUGUCCAGCCAGGAUUUGCUUCUUAUGUGUCUUUCAAACGUUGCCCAAUUUCAAGGGUUGGCUGAAAGUAUUCCACGCGCUUUGCUAGGAUUGCCGAAUAUUCCACUGCCGGCUCUCCCGGUUGUCAAGGAGCCAAUGCAGCUCUGGUCUGAGCAUACAUCAAGCUCGGUUAGCCUCAGUGCCCCAAGUCCAAGUGAACAAUCGCAGUCUCCACAAAAUAAUGAUACAGUCGUCUCGCGUGCCGAGAAAGAGGAAGCGCCUGUCGCGGAAAAAGAGGAUUCCGUGGAGUGCACCCAUUGCGGAAUGUUAUUCUACGAUAAUACCAUGUACUUGCUUCACAAAAGCCUGCACACUGAAGGUGAUCCAUUCAAAUGCGCAUUGUGUGGCGUUCAAUGUGGCGAAAAAUAUAUGUUCACCACCCACAUGAUCUUCGCUGAUCACAACUCUCAGCCAACCAACAUGGCAUGA